CACCAAAUCAACAGACGCACACUUCUCUCUUGAAUGCAUAGCAAUAGGUUUGUGACAAUUUGCUGCAACUAAGCGGGCGUCAGUGGUACAUCGCGGGGGAUUACCAAUUACCAUACUAUUUUUUGUUUUGUGAGAAUCAUGUAGUGAGUGACCAGUAUUGUUAACUGAUAGGGUAUAUUGUGUUUUAUAGCUCAUGCCAUAUUAGUGAAUUAUUUAUUUUAUUGUCAUGUCCUUUCCAACUAAAGAAGAGCGCACGAAAUGUUGGAGUGCCCGCGACCAGUAUUGGGAGUGUCUUGAUAAAAAUUCAGUGAAAUCCGGUGAUACAAAGGACAUUAAUGUUUGUGCAGAAUUUCGAAAAAUGUACGAACAAUCGUGUUCCGCGCAGUGGGUGAAACAUUUCGAUAGGAAGAGGAACUAUCUAAUUUUUAAGGAAAAAAUUGAGAAAGAUGGAAUUCCAAGUAAGAACGAGGAUGACUCAUCUAUAUCCUUGCCAAGAAGGAUUUACAACCAGAUAAUAUAAACUCAAAGGAUGAAGUUGAAAAGAACUUGUACACUCUUCACCAACAAGCUGUGAUAUACUUAUUUAUAGUUGGAAAUAUUUAUUUUUUAAAAUUAUAUUGUCUACUUAUUUAAAGAAAUUAAUUUGAAAUUUCUGAAAAGUGGGUGUGAAUUGAGGAUUUUAAUAAAUGCGUUGUACUGAUUUUUAUUUUUUUCUUAAUUGGCUUAUAUCUAACAUUUUGUAAAAUCAAACAC